AUGGUAGCAGCAGUGAGAAUAAACUCACUAAAGUCAUUGACAUGUACUCCAUUUCUCUCUUCUCUAAAUAGCUUCAAUUGCCCAUGGUCUUUUGUAUCUAUUCCAAGAAAACAUUCAAGAUUAGGACCCUUAUUGAGUCAAAUGGCAGCAGCUGGUGAAGUAGAGCCACAAAUCAUUGACUCACAUUUACAUGUCUGGGCAUCCCCACAAGAGGCUGCAGAAAAGUACCCCUAUUUUCCUGGUCAAGAACCUAGUUUGACUGGUCAUGUCGAUUUCCUGCUUGAGUGUAUGGAAGAAGCAGGUGUGGAUGGAGCCCUUAUUGUUCAGCCCAUUAAUCAUAAGUUUGAUCAUUCUUAUGUUACUAGUGUGCUGAAGAAGUUCCCUUCCAAAUUCGUCGGUUGUUGCCUCGCAAAUCCAGCAGAAGAUAGAAGUGGGAUAAAGCAUCUUGAAGAUCUGGUUUUAAAGGAUGGUUAUCGUGCUGUUCGCUUUAAUCCGUAUCUUUGGCCUUCUGGUGAAAAGAUGACAAAUGAAAUUGGGAAGGCACUAUUCUCAAAGGCUGGAGAGCUUGGAGUGCCAGUCGGUUUCAUGUGUAUGAAGGGUCUGCUUUUGCAUUUGCAAGAAAUUGAGGAGCUGUGCACAGAAUUUCCCUCGACUGUAGUUUUGCUUGAUCAUCUGGCUUUCUGUAAGCCCCCAAAAAAUGAUGACGAAAGACGAGGUUUCUCAGAGCUGUUAAAGCUUUCAAGAUUCCCACAGGUAUAUGUAAAGUUCAGUGCUUUGUUCAGAGUGUCGAGAAAUCCUUAUCCAUAUGAGGACUUGUCUCAAGUUCUUCCCCAACUAGUCUCCAGUUAUGGUGCACAUCGUAUCAUGUGGGGAAGUGAUUUCCCCUACGUUGUUGCCGAAUGUGGGUAUAAAGAAGCAAGAGAAGCAGUUUCUUAUCUUGCUAAGCAAGGACAUUUACCUUCUUCUGCCACGGAGUGGAUCAUGGGUAAAACAAUUAUGCAGCUCUUUGACGGAAAAUGGAGUUCUGUAGCUAAUUGAACAUGAAACUUGACAACUAGCAAUAACAGGUUAGAUGAUAUUUCAAACAUGUCAUUGAACCCUUAAUUGUACUUGAGCAUAUCCAAAGCUUUACCUACGUGUUCACGGGAAUCUAGUAACUUUUGCUCAUACACUGUAUUGAAAAAUUCAUGCAAGCCAUCCCGUGCUUGAACCUGUU